AUGCAUUGGUUCGAAGGAAUGGACAUUGGCUUCAUUCACAAGUCCGUUCUGUUCCCUAAUAAUUCCCUGGAGAAGCACACUCUUGGUGACUAUGGUCCCGGUAAAUUUUGCCCUGAUUUUUACAAUGUCAAUGCCCGUAUCCCGGACCACGCGGCAGCUUUAUCUGGCUACGGCCAAUCGUGGAAGUACUUCCGCGAGGUGGCGAACAAAGUCCGGGCCAUGUACACGUACAAGCAAAAAAUCCAGAUGGAGGCCAUCAACACCAUCAUGGACGGUUUAACCAGUCUGCACAUUCGUGGCAUCCUGUCCAGCGCCAUGGAAUCGGUGCGGGUGGGGAUGCAUGUGCGACGCGGCGACAUUGUCACCGACGCGGGACAGAGGAACCACGGCCACGUUGCCGCCACGGACGACUAUCUGCUGCGCAUGGUGUUGCGUGUUCAAGAUAAACAGAAGAAUGUCGUUUUCUUUGUUAUCAGUAAUGAUCAAGAGUACUGUCACAAAUUGUUUCGCAAAGAGAACUUUGUCUUUGUCGAAGGCCAUACUGCCGAAGUAGAUAUGGCUCUCAUGACCUUUAUGGAUGUUGUAGUGCUGAGUGUGGGCAGUUAUGGAUGGUGGGCGGCGUUCCUUAGUGAUGCCACAGAUGUGUACUAUUUUAAGGAUUGGCCAAGAAAUGGCAGCGAUUUUGCGAAGGGUGUCUCCGCCGAGGAUUACUUCCUGCCGGCGUGGCAUGGUGAUAACUAA